AUCCUCUCUUUUCUCUUUCAACAGCUAUAAAAUGGCUGUGCUUCGAUUAGAUCUGCACCUUUUUUACAAAUAAAAAUUUAUUAUCAUUUAUUUCUGUUAUAACCCAAAAAAAACUCUGUUUGAGAAACUGAAAGGAUAUCUUUGCGAUCAGGCGUUCUCGUCGGGAUCACGCUGUUGUUGUUAGUCAGAUCGGGCUAUUUUCCUGGACUGAAAGUUCGUUAUUCUAUAAAAAUUUGUUGAAGUUAGUAAUUUUAUUUUUGAUUGUUGUUGAAUUAUUUGUUUAGGUAAUGUGUCAGGCCAAUGUUAUUGUUGAAAGUGGUAAUUUGUUGAUUUUCUUUGUUAGGCGAUUUAGUUUCUGAGAAAAUUGAACAAAAGAGAAGGAAAAGUUGCUUGAGAUCAUGCGUUACCUCCUGAGGUGUUCAAAAGAUUUAGUUCGGCAAAAAUAUAGACGAAAUUUAUAGUUUCAAGUUUCUUUAUCGUUCUCUUUGAGAGUACUUAAUAAUCAAGUGGAGGCAUAGGACUGAAGAGAACUGAUUGGCUUUAUAUGAUUUAAUUGAUGAUCAACCGUGUUGCACAAAUGAUAGAUGAUUGAAUCAAUUGCUCCUAUUCAGCAUAAGAUCGCGAAUUUUUGAUUGACUGAUUGAUUGUAAACUUCGAUGGAAUUUGAUUGUGCGUAGAAGAAUGCGUGUGAUAUAAAAAAAAAUUGUUAAUUCGUUUUUUGCCUGAUUGAUUUUAGGUCAUGGUUGUGUUCUUUUUGCUUCCGCUGCUGUUGUUUUGUUAUUGUUUGUCUCCUUGCUGCUGCUAAUUUCUGUUUGCAAUUCUAGGUAGGAAUUUAAUUUAGGCCUGAAAGUUAAUUCAUACGUAUUUUAUUUUUACUUUAUUGAUUGAAUCUUCUUAUUGGAUUUUUUUUUUUUUAUUAAAGUUCACUCCAUUAGAGGAUGUAGUUGUUUGUAGUGGUUAUUUAAGUGUUUCCUAAUAUUAUGAGUUAUGUGACCUGCUGUUUAGAGCCUUUGGCAUAAGCAUUGCAUGUCAGUUGCAUUUGUAUUGUGAAGGAUACUAUCUUAGAUAUUGCUUGUUGCUAAGCAAUUCCACAGCUUAUCUAUCAAAUUAUGGUGUUUUUUGUGUUACUAUUUGUUCAUGGGAGUAUACAGCCAACCUACGUGAUGCAUCAUCGAGGCAUGUUCAUGGAUCAAAUGAUAAAAAAAUGAUUAGUUUUGUUUAGUAUUAACCUAACAGUUUUAAAUUUAGGUAAUGUGCCAUACCUCUGCAAUCAAAUGUAGAAUGGCGAAAACAAAGUUAUAUUACAGCUUGGUUUUAUAAUUGGUCUGCUUUUUGCUUGGCAGCCAAAUUUUCUGUUGUCUAACACUAGAUUUUUUUUUUUUUGGUUGGGGGGGGGGGGUUUGAAUAACUUUUAUGUCCUCCUUGAGCAGAAUAUAAAAGAAUAAUAAUCAAUUUACAAUCGCAUUUUAGGGGUCACUUUGGCAAGUUGGUCUUGUGACAUGUUGUGAUAUCUUUCUCUGGACAAGAAAAUGCCAUAGAAGAGACUUUCGAGAUUGCAACACCUAGUUGUAUGUGGGAAACUAUAUAAAACUUAUGUUUACUUCAACACUUGGAAUGUGUGGUUGAUUGUCAGCUAACCAAGGACACCACAAAGUUGACUUCGUGAUUUUGAAUUUCAAUUGCUCCUGCAGCUUAUAAUGGGAAUUUGUUAGGGAUUUUCGUGCAGACCUUUUUUUUAACGUUAGCUGCAGGUGUUGAAGAUGCUAAAAGUCGGUGAACCCCUUAGGAUUAGUUGGUUUGCCUGCCUUUUUUCUGCAAUACUUCAUUAUCUUUACAGGUUGUGGAAUUUGUUAAUCUACUCAAUCAAGGGCUUAAGCGUGUGGGAUGAUAAACUUGUAAUUUAUAUAUCAGUGAUAGAUAACUCUCCAAGUAGCAAUUGUCUAUUCAUUUCUUCAUCACAUUUGAACCUUUUACCACAUUAGCAUGAUUUUGUUGCUGACAAACUCUUGCUUCUAGGUUUAUCAUCCCUUUGGCAUUCAUUCUUGGUUCUUUUUUCCAAAUGAACUUAGAUUUCUUUCAAAUCUCUUGAAGAGUGGCAAUAACAUAUAGACAAGGUAACUUUUGUGUCCUUGUCCAAAAUUAUGCUGUCAGCCUUUUUAUCCACCCAGCUAAAAUUCCUCUCCAGAAUCCCUAUAAGGGUCGAUCUUAACCAACAAGAAACAAAAGAAUCUCCGCUAAUUGGGCAUUGACUACAAUCUUCCUAUCUUCCUAGAUAUAAGUUACCUUAUUGAGUGGUGAACUACCAGGUUGGUUUACUCAUGACUGCAAAUCUUCUGGUAGUUUGGAGAUUUCCCAUGUUGAACUUGAUUUUGGGACAGAAAUAACUAGGUUGAAAUGAGCUCAAUUCUAUAUGAAGAUACACCUCCUCAAGUCCUAAUGUGAAAGUAUUAAGUGAUGGGUAAGUACAAUUGUCAGAGGAGACUUGGUGCAGAAAUGCUGAUGGAGGUAGGCUUGUCCUUGUGGACAAUAACACAGCCAAAUUGCAAUCAGUCUUUCUGCUGUUUUUAUUUUGCAUUAUAGAACAUGUUUGAUUCUGUGAUCUAUUGCUCUUACCAUAGGUUGGGACAUCUAUUGGUCGUUUCCAGUAUAGUUGGAUUUGGGCCCAGAACUUCAAGCAAUCAAGUGUUCAUGCAAUGCUAUUGCUUUCUAUUCACUGCUGGAGGCUCUGGAGUUCCUCAGUGCUGCAUUAUUGUUAUUUGUGUGGGAUUAUAGUAGUUCUACUUAUUUUGAUGAAUCGUUCUCUUGGAGUAAUGCUGAUUGGAGCUGUUCGACCUUUCUUGGAUUAUUUUGUUGCUGAUUUCAAUUGGUCUGCAGCAGUAUAGAAGAAAGCAACAAUGUCAUGGAGUGUUUGCCUGUCUUGUUCAAGCCACUAGAUGUGUUUAAAAUCUUAGGUCUUUGCUAAAUGUGUUGCUAUUUGCAGGUUUCUUAUUGCCAGCUGUUAGAUAGAUACGGUUUGAUCUGGAGAUGUCAUUUCCAAUGGAGGAAGUGGAAAUUAAGCAUUCUGGAUCCAAAGAACUAGAGCUUUUCUGUCAGCAACAAAAUGAAGGCUGCAAAAUAAAUGAUGAAGAGUCAGAGGGGUCAUACUCACAGCAAUCUUGUGGGGAUACCAUGCCCAAACAAGAAUCAAAUGAGGCAGAAGUUACUGAAUUGCUGGAGAAGGGGUUUGUGGAGUAUGGUUGCUCACAUUAUCGAAGAAGGUGCCGGAUUAAAGCUCCUUGUUGUGGUGAGAUCUUUGAUUGUCGCCACUGUCAUAAUGAGUCCAAGAACAAUAUCAAUGUUGACCAGAAGCUGAGGCAUGAUCUUCCACGCCAUCAAGUUAGUCAGGUCAUAUGUUCACUAUGUGGCACGGAACAAGAGGUCCAUCAAGUCUGCAUUAACUGUGGUGUAUGCAUGGGGAAAUAUUUCUGUAAGGCCUGCAAACUCUUUGAUGAUGAUACAUCAAAGAGACAGUAUCAUUGUGACGGUUGUGGGAUCUGUAGAAUUGGAGGACGGGAGAACUUCUUCCAUUGCUACAAGUGUGGUUGCUGCUAUUCAAUUCUUCCGAAAAACAGCCAUCCUUGUGUGGAAGGAGCAAUGCAUCAUGACUGUCCUAUAUGCUUUGAGUUUUUGUUUGAGUCAAGAUAUGAUGUAACUGUUCUGCCAUGUGGACAUACCAUUCACACAGAUUGCUUGAAAGAGAUGAGGAACCAUUUCCAAUAUGCCUGUCCUCUGUGCUCCAAGUCAGUCUGUGACAUGUCAAAGGUUUGGGAGAAAUUUGACAAGGAGAUUGCAGCUACACCAAUGUCAGAACUGUAUCAAAAUAAAAUGGUUUCAAUCCUUUGCAAUGAUUGUGGGAAAAAGUCAGAAGUUCGGUUCCAUGUCCUAGCUCGAAAAUGCCCAAAUUGCAAGUCAUACAAUACUCGGCAAACAAGAGGCUAAAAUGUCAAGAGUAGAAACUGGAAAUGACUUGGUGAUAUCAUCAUGCCUUGGGCUCUCGUCAACGUGCUAAGCAUACACUGAUGGAGAUAAUUGUUGUCCUUUGGGCCUGCGUUCCAUUGUGGUCUUUAAUUUUUUUUUUCUUUUACUUAUCUUGCCACUGUAUUUGCUUGUAUGCUUAAUUUUUUGUAGAUAAUUCACAGCAUCAUUUCCGAUAUAUUUCCAUUUUGUCCUCGUUUGGAUUUCCA